AUGAUUGGAAAUGUUGUUCCUAUCAAAUGCGAUACGUCGCAUAGCGUUAACAGUUCUGACGGAGCGUAUAAGGGUGUACAUUCAUCUUGCUGGGUGACGGCGGCGGCAGACGGCGCCGGACAGCGGCUGUCUCCGAAAAUAGCCGCUGCGGACCGCAUAUGUCAAACAAGAGAACAAGAGAGAUGCACAGGACAAUUAGAAACGAAUAUUACAUCACAAGUUCCACAUUAUGAGCCGCCAGUGAAGCUCUCACCCAAAACGUGCUCAGCCCUACAAUGCGACUUUGAGGGCGGUUCCUGUCUUCAAACUCUUGAUUCCAGUGAUUGGAGGAUCGGUGAAGAGCCAGUAGGAUCGCGAUCCAGUGGCAUUCGCACACAGUUGGAUGGUCCGUUCGCGUAUGCCAUUGGUCCGGGCACUGCAUCGCUUUCAUUAGGACCGUUUGAGAUGUCACGAAGUUUUGCCAUCGAAUUUUGCUACUACAUUGCAAGUUACCGCAGUAAACUCGUCGUCUAUCUCAGUAGGACACAGGAAAGUGAUCGAGAACGCAAGCAGAGCGACAUCGAGUUCUCAGCAGAAGGCCUAAGGAACGAGUACUCGUACUUGGGUCUAGAUCAGAUCGACGUUUACGACCCACUACUGGGUGUAUCAGCAUGCAAAAAGAAGUCGGAAAGUGGAAAAUUUCCUUUGUUUUUGUAA